AGCAUUGAGCAUCAGUCCGUGUCAAGCAGCCAACCAGUGCAGUUGAGGUUAUUUUGUCGAUGUGAUCAGAUUGCCGCGAGUGGAUUGUUGCACAGGUUAAUCAGUGAAUGUUGUGAAGUGUAUGUUGUGCAGCCUCUACCACCACAACCCUAUUACAGUGUGCGAUGGUGAGAAAUGACAAGUUGGCGGCACUGAUGAUCCGACUGUGCUCAGAGACGGCAUCUAUUGGGGGCGGCAGUGCAUGGCUGAAGGCGACAUUCUCAAGCAGUCGCCGCCUCCGUCUGGUAAGGCGGUGAGUAGACGCCUGUCGCGGCAGAGUUGUGGAGGCGACAUUCGUAAUGCGUGUCCUACGCACGCGAAGGGGCGCCACCUGGCUGCUAUUUUCCGGUCUGUUUGUGCUGCUGGUUUUGCUGGGAAUCGCCUCCGAUCAGCGAACUGCCUUUCUGCUUCCGCUGCUGUCGGUCAGGGACUCGAACGACAACAUCUACUGCUAUCUGGAUACCGUCGACAAUCCCAUAGAGGAGUUGGAUCCCAAGCAGGUUGUGAAGGACACAUCAAUCUUCUUCCACGAGACGUCAUGUCACUCGAAGGGCGCAGUCUACCUGAGUGCGCGCCAGGCAUGCGCAGUGGAGUCGGCUGCCAAGAUGAACCCGGGCUCCCACGUGUACGUGCUUUACCCGUCGCCGCUCAGUCAGCCCAACGCGACACGUGUCGAUCCGCUCUUCACCGUCAUCAACGCUUAUAGCAACGUGCGUGUCCGACAUCUCAACGCCGAGCGGUAUUUCCAAGGCUCCCCAUUGGAGGAAUGGUACAAAUCGGGGUACCUGCAAGCCAGUCAGUACCCUCGGUCACAUGCCAGUGAUCUCUUCCGUUAUCUGACUCUCUGGAAAUUCGGAGGAAUUUAUCUUGACUUGGAUGUUGUGGUUGUAAAGUCAUUUGAAAAGGAGGUGAACUUCGCGGGUGCCGAGUCGUCGGAGGACGUCGCCGCCGGGGUGCUGAGCUUCUCGACGAGGGGCCUCGGUCGCAAAAUGGCCACCGAGUGUCUGCUUGACCUCAAGAAGAACUUCCGCGGCUACGAUUGGGGCUACAACGGGCCCGGUGUCAUCACCCGGGUGCUCAAGGCCACUUGCAACGUUGACAAGGUGACCGAUAUGACACUAGAACAAUGCAAGGGGUUCCGUGUGUUUCCCCCGGAGGCGUUCUACCCGAUUCCGUGGCGCGAGUGGAAACUCUACUUCGACGCCGAGAGGAGCGAGUCAACCAUGAGGCAGCUGGAGAACAGCUACGUCAUCCACGUGUGGAACAAGUUCAGCAUUACUGCCAACGUAACUGUGGGGUCCAAACAGCCUUAUGGACUAGUGGCCAGCAAGUAUUGCCCCGUCACUUAUGCUAAUAGUGGGGCUGUCUUCUGAAACUGGUAUACUUUAUGCCAGUAUGCAAAGGGGAGGCAACUUUUAUUGAAAAGCAUACAACUGGGGGCAACUUUUACUGCAUCUUUUAUGCAAGUAUGCAACUGCAAGGCAACUUUUACUGUAUACUUUUAUGAAAGUACGCAUCUGGGAGGCAACUUUUACUGCAUCUUUUAUGCAAGUAUGCAACUGCGAGGCAACUUUUACUGUAUACUUUCAUGCAAGAAUACAACUAGGAGGCAUCUUUUAUGCAAGUAAACAACUGAUAGGCAACGUUUACUCAUCUUUUAUGCAAUUGGGAGGCAACUUCUACUGUAUCCGUUUAUGCAAGUAUGCAAUUAGGGGCAACUUUCACGGUAUAUCUCCAUACAAAUACGGUAUACUACUGUGAGACAACGUUCACUGUAAAAUCUCAUGUAACCACGCAACAGCAAGGCACUGUUGCAAUAUAAUUUAUGGAACUAUGCUAGUAAGGCAUACCAUAUACUUCCAUGCAAGUAUAAAGGCCUACAGUUGUGAGACAACUAUAAUACCAUAACGGUAUUCAAACACCUGUAAUGAUGACAACUGUAAGGCAACUCUUACGGUAUACUUUCAUGCAACCUUGCAACUGUAAAGCAACUUUUGCGGUAUACUUUCAUGCAACCUUGCAACUGUUGAAAAUUUUACGGUGUACUUUCAUGCAAGAUGCAAAUAUGCAACUGUGAAGCAAUUUUCCCUGUAUUUAGUUUUUAUCUGAAGAUGAGAUCCCUGCAUGAGCAUUUGGCUUGUGUACUUAUAGGUGAUUGAAUGUAUUAUAGUGAGAUGAAUAUGUAUCUAAAAAAACCUACUUUUAAACCAGGGAAAGUUUAUUUCAAGCUCAUUACUGUCAAUUAGUGGUGCUUCAUUUACCAAAAAAUGGACUAAUAUAUUGAAAAUUUGAGAAGUUGCGAGUAUAAUAAUUAAUCUUUUCUUGACCACAUUCAUGUGAUGUUUUAUCUUGAAAAACAAGGGACUUGAAAACCAUGAGGAAGUGAAAGUGUAAAUUAGUUACUUUCUUCAGUUGAUUGAUCUUUAGGAAUGCAUUGAAAUACUAAUGUUAUUGGAAAAUUAAAAUCUUGCAAGUGGUAGGUUGAAGAGGAGAGGCAUGAUUAGGGAAUAAUUAGCAGAAUAAGUGAAUAUUUGAAGUUCUAAAGAAAACCAUUCGAGUAAAAGUGAAGGUGGACUGGUAACUAUUUCUUAUGGAUGCCACUUCUCAGUAUGAAGCCAACAAGAAUCAUAUUUUGUUUAAUAAGUUGAAAACUGAUUGUUUAAGAACAAUAUCUCAUGAGAUAACAAUACGAGUUAAACAUGUACAAUUUUGGAAGUUAGGCUCUAGUAAAAUCAAUCGCAUUACCACUAAAUGAUGUUCUUUAUCUGUAAUACUAUACUCUAGUGCCUUAAACAAUAAUAUUGCUGGUACCAAAAACUGACUGUGCAAUAGAAAGUUUCGAGGUUUGUUCGCUAAAGCAAUUAAUAGUGUCCUCCAUCACAUCUUCUCCUCUAUGCUAACUAUGCGUUCUUCCAAUAAUUGAGAUUUAGGUUUAAAUUUUGUUGAAAAUAAUAUCCACAGAUCAUGAUACAAACAUCAUAGCUGAGUUAUUAUAAUUUCCUCUUUACAUUUAUAUUUGGCGUCUAUAUAUUGGGAAAACUCUACAUAUAGGCUACUUCUAGGUUACUUGAUUUUUGUAGCUCCUCAAUUAAAAUUUUUUAUUCGGUACUUGAAACAAUUCUCUAAACAUUCAAUAACUCCAAAGUAAUUUUCAUAGCUUCAGACACUGUGAACUGAAAUAAUUUUGGAAACAUAACUCCGAUUUCUGUAUUAUCGUAGCAUAUUAGGUGAGGUAUUGUGUCAAUUUUUAUUUGUUUAAGUAAAUUUGAAAAAAUGACGAGUAUACACCUUCUUUAUUAUAAAAGAGUUCUCAAUUUUUACUUUUUUCCAUGAACGAUAAAUGCAUUUACGCACACAUAUGAGCUUAGCAAGUAAAACCCACCUUGUUUGGGACUGUCUAUCCCUGAGUUGAGAGCGUACCCACUGAACUGCCCAGUGUUCCCCAAGAGUAAGACUGGCAUCCUCACAGACAGAAUUAAAAUUCCCAGUUUCGCUUGAAAAUGAUAUGUGACGCUAUCUAUUAAUGUUCUAUAAUGUAUGACCAAAUUGAUGAAACGAUCAGUUUUUAUAUGGUUGUUUUAUUGUGAACCAUCACAAGGAUCAGGUACUUAUGCUUAUAACAAAUAAUGCCAAGCUAUUCAACAAGGGCCAAAACAUCAAAUCAUGUUUUUAGACUUCUGAUCAUCAAAAGCAAGGCUUCCUUUGAUUUAGUAACAUAUCCAUGACUAGGACAGACAUAUAGAUAUCUGUGAUUUUAAAGCUAUUGAUCAAUAAUCAACGAUCAUGCUCACGUUAUAAGGUUAAAUUAUAAAAACUGAUAAUUUGAUUGUGUACAGUAAAAUUCUAUUAUAGUAAUAGAAAUAGUUUUUAGAUUUUAGCAAACAAGUACGGUAAAAGAUAAGAGGUUUUAUGGACUCCGAUUCUUCCCAAUACUUUAUAUUAGAUAGAAAUUCAUUAUGAAUCUUCCAAUAAUAAUGAUAAUUCCAUAUUUUCAUCCCAGUUAGUGAGUGGAUGCCCCUCUUAAUUUCUAAUUGUUCUCUUAUGAAAUCCUUAUAAAAUAAUCUCCUCCCUCUCCAAAUAGUAUUGAAAUCAAAAAGGGGAAGUAAAAGUCUUAGACAUAAAUGUUGUGAAGAAAUAAAUCUAUUGGGAAACAUAGGUUUCUCUAUUCUAUGGUAAAUAAAAAUAGAGAUAAGUAAGUUUUUAUUAAUAGCAUUUGCAGCUCUACAAUCACGAGAAACAUUCCUGUGUAAUAUAAUUUAAAUACUUUACUUAAAUAGAAAAACUUGUUUAAAGAAAGUGUUUUAAGGAAACAAUAAGUCUGAGCUAGUUGUAAAUUUUGUAGGACAAGAUUGUAAAUAUUAGACAGUAUUUUAGGUUUGGUAGCCUCUAUAUAUUAUCAAUCGUCAGUUUUCCAUAGAUUUAGCAGAUACUUUAAUACUGUUAAAAUUCAAUUCUGUACUUUAUAUAUAUUAGAUUGAUAGUUUUUAAGUUUUUAUUGUGAUUCCUUUGAAUUAUUCUAAGUAGCCAUUGAAUAUAGCUCCUAUGAACGUUGAGCAAUUAUUUUCAAGUGAUUCAACAAUCGAUCAAAUUAUGUGAUUUUUCUUGAAAAAACUUUUCUUAUAAUAAGAUUUCAUUGAGAAAAUAUUAUUCAAGCUGUUUUAAGUGUUAGAGAUUAAAUGUUCUGUGAGAUACGGUAGAUUGUAGGUGGAUUAAAAUAGACCACUUCAGGCCCAUAAGCCACCAGUAUUUAACAUUUUCCUCAUAUAAAAGCGAGUUUUAACAAUAAUUUCUCAACCAUUUUCUAUAAAUGAAAAAUAAUCAUGUCCUUCAACUAAGUUGCAAUAACUUUGCAAUUUUCAGUGAAUGAAUAUUUUCUAGGCAUCUAGGCAAUCUAGGCUAUUAGAACAAUAGCAGACUAUCGUAUUAAUGGACCGUAGUUGGAUUUUAUAUGUAAAAUAAUGUAUAUUCGAAGUACAGUAUGUUCUGAAAAAUUAUUCCAUUAUAAAUUGUGUUUUCAUGUAUUUUUUGCUCUACAUAUUUCAAAAUUAGAUCAACUCGUAUAAACAUUCUUAUCAAAUUCCAAUCAAAAUUAUCACAUUUUUCGAUGUGAAAAUUUGAAUUAAAAUAUAUUGAAAGUAUAAGACACAAGUGAAUGUGAAUUUACUCAUUGUAAAAGAAAUUUCAUAUUUCAACAAGAUGUUUUUAUUUACAUUGUAUCCAAAAUAAACAAAUAUUUUUCUUGGGUGAUUUUAAUGGAAUUGAGUAAAACCUUUCGUUUUUGGAACCAGGAUUAUUGUAAUAAAUUACACUAUUAAAUGCUUGAAUAUUGUCUUACACAAUUUACAAAACUUUUUUUUUGAUAAAUACUGAAGAGUACCAAAGUACUUUGAAUGUUCUCCUAAAAAGCAAAUACGAAAUUACUAUAAUUAUUAUUCUUUUAAUAAUAACUUUAAUGAAAUUACAGUAUACUGAUUCCAUGACAAGGGUUUUUGAAAUGGUCAAUGUAAUGAA